AUGCAGGAAGCGGGGAAAGGGGACUUACUGUUUCGCAGCUUGAAAUCCCCAAAGGCAGACGCCACAUGGCCAUCGCCCACCUCUCCAGCCCCCGUCCCGCGUGUCCUUGACACGAGUGGGCAUUCAGACAGAACCACCCAGGAGGACGGACGCUCCUCCGUGCUGGACGAGCUCCUGCCCACAUCACUGGGCAACCUUCUGGGGGUGACGGGAUGCCCGGGACUGGAGAUAUCCAGAGAGCCGGUGUUCUGGGGUGGACCCGUACCAGAUGUGAGUCCCUUUCCUGCACUGCGGCACGGUGGCAAGCUCUUCUCCACGCAUGGAGGAAUGGGAAGGCCCUACGCAGAGGCUGGCACGAGUUUACCAGAUACCCCUCAGGCGCUGGCGUCUGCAAGGGGGAAUUUCACGUUCUGUCUUUGGUCCCGGCCAUUUCAGCCUGCCUCGGUGCCUUUGGAGCCCACCUGGACCAUGGAGAUGGACACAGCAAUAGGAAAGCAGAGACCCCGCAGGGCCCAGGAACAGCCAGACUGUCAGACGUCACAGAAAGAAGCGGAGGAGAAACAGAUCCUGCGCGGUGGGGGCUCGGAGGGGAGCAACCUUCCAGGUUGUGGCAGCUCCGGGAGCCGGGUGUCCUCACCUCUCAACGGCUGGGAUGCUCCUGGUCCCUACUAA